AUGGACAGGAUCCCCAAGUUUAGGCGCAAACCCAAGAACCCUACAAUCGAGACCUCCGUCGAACGCUCCAGCAGCGACACUGCCGAUAGCAUCGCCAGCUCCGAACUGCAAGCUGCAAACCUUCAGUCGCAACAACAGCAGGGACAGCAAGUUCUGCCACAGAAAACUAAACUCUCAAAGAGAGCAGCUUUCAAGAAUUUUCGUUUUCGCGGCUCUACCAAAAGAGCGCGCGAUAGUUCACCCGCCGAGUUGCCUUCCAGUCCUCCUCCGCCGGCCGUCGUGAGCCAUGACGGUGUCAGGAGCCGACCCGUCACGGCUGAGAACGAUGCGCUAGGCAAUCAUACGCUCCGGAUUCCUGCCUUCCUGGAAUCUUCAAUGCAGAAUAUCGAUAUCAAAUUCCAGGACCUCACGUGGGCUGAGCGUGAACGGGUUCAAGAAGGUACAAAAAACGACGCAGACCAGGAUUUCAAAUGGGGUACUUUCAAACAAGUCGAUACCCAGGAAAAGGGUGUAAUGGAUCGCUACAUCAACAUCAAGCCAUGGAACCACAACCGGGUCAAGCUUCAGGUUCCUGAGGAGGAGCUCGACUAUGUCAACGCCUCUGAGAUUACCGUUCCUUCAACCUCAGAUCCGAACCAGGAGCCAUUAAGAUACAUCGCCAUGCAAGGACCGACUCUGCCGUCAAUCGACUACGUCUGGCGCAUGAUUGCUGAACAAAUGUCAUCACCCGCUGUCAUCGUGCAGCUCACGACCAUGGCAGAAGGCGGAGUUGUCAAAUGCCAUCAAUAUUUCCCUGAUGACCAAGAAAACUCGACUUGGACUCUGAACGAACACGAUGCGUGGAACGAUGGAUGGCAGGCCCAGUUGACGUACGAAUCAUACGAAGAGAUGGCUGAAGGUGCUAUCGAGAAGCGCAAGCUACUCAUGCAAGUUGAUGGCGAAGACGAACCACGUGUUGUGUGGCAUCUCCUUUAUCGGCGAUGGCCUGAUUUCGGAGUACCUGAGCUCGAGGAUCUUGACGGGUUCUUUGAUCUCAUGCAGUUGUCCCGUGAACUGAGUGCACCCUCUAAUCCACGAAUAAUUCACUGCAGUGCUGGUGUUGGUCGAACAGGCACUUUCAUCACUCUCGAGCACCUCAUACGCGAGCUUGAGUUGGGUACUUUUGAGAAUUACGAUGAUCCGAGUGAGGGCCCUGACCUGAUUUAUCAUACUGUCGACCUUCUCCGAGAGCAGCGUGUGGGUAUGGUUCAGGGCCGCCCUCAGUUCCUGUUCAUCUACCAAGUCAUGCGAAAACUAUGGCAAGAUAAAUAUGGCGUUGAUGAAGACGGUAACGAACCCGCAGCUAAGAGACUCGAGGUAGGCGACCCGUUCAUCGACGACGCAGUGCCAGGUCCGACGUAA